AUGAAAAACAAGAAGCCAAUUUUGGAUGAAAGAGAACAACUUUGGCAUGUAAUCAAUUCGAAACCAAAUAAAAUAUUUUAAUUAAAAGGAACAUAUGAUUAAGCAUCUGCCAUAUCUCCAAAUAAUCAUUAUAUUGCAGUUCAAAUUUAAAAUGAGGAUGAAGAGAGGUAAUUAAUGAUUUACAAUACUAUUCAGAAAAGAAACAUCAGACUUUUAAAAAGUAACUAUAUUUAACUUCUUUUUUCUCCUGAUUCAUUGAUUCUGGUAGGAUCUAUGUUUAAUAAAUAGAUCUAAGUUAUGAAAUUAAAAUCAACUGCAAAAAAGUUUAAAGUAGAUAAACAAUCUCAGUUAACUAACCCUAAACAUUUUCCAUCUUAAUACAAUAUGGAAUUUAAAACAGAUAAAAAUCAAUUAUUUGCGUUUUCAAUCCAAAAUGGAUAAUUUGCAAUUUGGAAUUUGGAUAAGGAUGACUUAAUUGUAGUUGUUAAUUAUUAUUUAAAAAACCCUCUGAUGGUAGUGAAAUUAUCUCAAGAUGAUUUUAAUAUUUUAAGCAUCAUAAAAAAAAUGAAAAUACAAUAUUAAACAACUUCAUAGGGUUUUUAAAAGCUAAUUUGCAAAAAAUCAUAACUAUUAUCAGUUGAAUAUUUAUAGGAUGAAGGGGGAAUGAUGAUAAAAUGUAGAAAUAAAAUAUUAAGAAAACAUUUUGAUAAUAAAUUUGAGGAAGGAGUGAAGAGUAUCUAAAUGUCAAUUUAAGGAACAAGAAUUUUAUAUGUAUCAGAUUUGAUCAUGUAUUUAUACAGUGUUACAACAGGAAAUAUACUAUUAAAGAAGAAAAUUUAUAAUGUUGAAUAAUUAAUAUUAAGUGAUCAAUUAUUAAUAAUGAUUGAAGGUGAUAUAAUUAAGUAUUGGGAUUCAGUAUAAAUAUGA